UAUUGCUUUUUCCUCACAGUGUGCUUUUAAAGCAGCUUUUCUACGAAACGCAGGAACUUAGCUAGCUAGAACUAGAUUCUCCAUUCUUGAACCUCUAAAUGGGAAAAGCAGCGCGCUGGCUCAAGGCCCUGUUUGGUUUCAAAAUUAAGGAGCGCCCCGACUUGACCCGCUGGAGCUCCGGCCACCUCUGCCACAACCCCACCACCAUUCCCCCCAACAUCACCCCCGCCGAAGCCGCCUGGCUCAGAUCCUUCUACACCGACAACGACAAGGAGCAGAACAAGCACGCUAUAGCCGUCGCCGCCGCCACCGCCGCCGCUGCCGACGCCGCCGUCGCCGCCGCCCAGGCCGCCGCCGCCGUCGUCCGCCUCACCACCCGCGGCGGCAGCGCCACCGCGGAGAAGUGCGCCGCUGUCAAGAUUCAAUCACUUUUUCGUGGAUUCUUGGCCCGAAAGGCUCUUCGGGCCCUGAAGGGCCUAGUGAAAAUCCAGGCCCUCGUGCGGGGAUUUCUGGUCCGUAAACAAGCCGCCGCAACUCUUCAUAGCAUGCAAGCCCUCAUAAGAGCCCAGGCUAGCGUUCGAGCGCAGAAAAUGAGACGCCUUAUCAACAAUGACGAAUUCCCCCCUCCCUACCAUGCCCUGGAUGAAGGGAGCGAGCAUCCGUGGUCGUUCCACAGCAGGAGGCUGUCCGCGUCAUUCGACACGGCGGCCAAUUCGUUCGACGAGAGCCCGAAAAUCGUGGAGGUCGACACGGGCUGUCGGGCCAAGUUGAGAACCCGGCGGGCCAGCUCGUGGAUGGCGGCGGAGGCGUCCCCGUUCCAGUGUCGGAUCCCGGAAUGGGGGGAGCAGGUGUCGUCGACGGCGCAGAGUACGCCGAGAUUCAGCGGGAGCGUGACGCCGGCGAAGAGCGAGAGGGGCGAGAACCCGAGCUACAUGGCGAAGACGCAGUCGUUCAAGGCGAAGGUGAGGUCGCAGAGCGCGCCGAAGCAGAGGCCCGAGCCCGGCCCGAAGAGGAGGAUGUCGCUGCUAGAAAUGAUGGAGUCGAGGAGUAGCCUGAGUGGUGUGAGGAUGCAGAGGUCAUGCUCUCAAGCUCAGGAAGCCAUUAGUUUCAAAAAUGCUGUCAUGUCCAACUUUGGUAAGUCAUCAGAUUUUUAUUCCAAUUGACAAACAAUUUUAGUGCAGCCAA